GCGCAUACACGUGGAAGUCAGUGCCGUAUCUACUACUGACGACAGUGACGAUUAUUUUUGAGAUUUCGUAUAGAUAUUUGCGGGUUUAAAUUGCAAUGUAAUCUUUGGAUUUUUUAUAGCUUCAUCAGUAUUUACUGCCAAUUACCAUUAUGAUAGAAUUGUAAAAAAGAUAAGAUUUAAUCAAGCUCUGAUAACAGUAAAGUUAGAAUUGUUAUUUAUGCUGUGGUACUCAGCGGUAGUGCCAAGCAUGAGAGACUUCGAGUAGCGACUGGUAGCGAUUGGUGGAGCAUGAAUGAGGUUUCGUAGAGGGGAUUCGCAAUUCCGUCGGCUGCUCAAGUUGGACUUUGUCUUGGACACAGCUGAUCAGAGAUUAGUGAUAUUCAGCCGUGACAUUGCCGGAAUGCGAUAAUAAGUGUAAAGUGCGGACAAUACUUAUUUAUGUAACCGAAAUUGGAGCCCAGUACCACUCUUGCCCGGCCGCUGCUGGCUCUGCCUUGGGCUUACUACGAAGAAGAGACAGUAUACAGUCAAGGUCACUGACUUUCAUUCCAGGACACUCUCUCUUUCUCUGGAGAGCGCGUGUUCGCUUGCGCUCUUCCCGACGCACGCGCGCGCCGCGUUUUUGCUUUCUAAACGUACGUACGAUACGUAUGCGUACAAACAGUCAGCGAGCCGCAGCCAACAAUCACGGACGGCAUUCCUUUGGUGAGAGAACCAGACAGGUCAAAAAGUGAAACCAUGUCGACGGUUGCGGUCAGCGUCCAAACCCCUAAUAAGAAUGUUGAGUUCGUCAUCAAGAACUUCAUUGCUGGCGGAGUUGCUGGGAUGUGCUCAAAGACAACUGUUGCUCCAUUAGAUAGAAUUAAAAUUCUUCUUCAAGCUCACAGUCAUCACUAUAAGCAUUUAGGAGUGUUUUCUGGUCUGAAAGAAAUUAUCUAUCGAGAGCAUUUCUUUGCUCUCUACAAAGGAAACUUUGCUCAAAUGGUAAGGAUAUUUCCAUAUGCAGCCACACAGUUUACAGCUUUUGAAAUUUAUAAAAAGUCAUUAGGUAAAAUAUUAGGAAAUAAAACACAUGCAGACAAAUUCAUUGCUGGUUCCUGUGCAGGAGUGACAGCUGUGACACUUACCUAUCCUCUUGAUACAAUAAGAGCACGACUGGCCUUUCAAGUGACUGGAGAGCACAUUUAUACUGGAAUCGUUCACACUGCGGUUUCAAUAUUUAAAGAUGAGGGUGGAAUUAGAGCAUUAUAUCGAGGAUUCAUACCAACUCUAUGUGGUAUGGUACCAUAUGCUGGUUUCUCAUUUUAUUCUUUUGAAAAGCUUAAAUAUUUGUGUAUGAAAUAUUUUCCAACUGUAUUAUGUAACAAAUGUGAUAAAAAUACUGGUGGCCUUGUAUUAACAAUUCCUGGCAAACUAUUAUGUGGUGGUAUGGCUGGAGCAGUUGCACAAAGUUUUUCAUAUCCAUUAGAUGUUACCAGAAGACGGAUGCAAUUAGCUAUGAUGAAUCCAGAUACUCAUAAAUAUAGUGUUGGCAUGCUAUCUACAUUAAAAAUGAUAUAUAAUGAAAAUGGCAUAAUAAAAGGACUGUAUAGAGGAAUGAGUAUUAAUUAUUUGAGAGCUAUUCCAAUGGUAGCUACAAGUUUCGCUACCUAUGAAGUCAUGAAACAAUUAUUAGAUUUGGAUACUGGAAUGAAAAUAUGAAAAUUUUACUUAAUUAAUUUUGAUAUUGUUAAAAGCAGUUGUUAUUUUGUAUUUAACUUUGUUGAACGUACCUAACAAGGUGUCUCAUAAUAAGGUAUUUGGUAGGGAAAUAGAAUUUAAAACUAGCUAUGAUAGGUUUUCAAACCUUUUUAAAUUUAUAAAUUAAAUUAAUUAAUGAACUGAAGAUAACUAUAAUUUUAAUGUAUAAAGUAAGAAAAGCUUUCGCUUGAUGAAAGCAAAUGUGGUUUGAUUAUAUCUGUAAAGAAAAAAUAAUAUAUUUAUAAUAAUGUAUCAAUAUUUAUAAAUUACCAUAACUUAUAAGAAAAUAUUUUUUAUAGUUUCAACACAUUGCGUGGAUCAUUUUAAAAAUUAAGUUAAUGGAUUGGAACUCUGAUAAAUAUUUUCUUGAAGUAAAUCUCAAAGAAUGUUUUAACAUUUUAAUACUUUUUUAUAAACCAUAAAUGUGCAGAAUAUAUUUGUACUUGAUACAGAAAAUUGUAAAAAGAAUAAAGAGGCUGA